AAAGGUUAACCCCGCGUUCAAGAGGUGUUGCACACCUGGCACGCAAGGCGUGAACGAAUCAAGACGAUGGCGGUGGCGCUCCAGGAUGGAGAGCUGCUCGAGAUGAGGCAGCUCGUUGGCGGGCAGUGGUCAGAGCCGAAUGGCUCCAGCUUCUUCUCCAUAAACCCGUCGACUGGCGAGCCGCUGCAAGAACUCAAGAGCAGCUCCGAAGCCGACGUCGAGGCAGCCAUCGACUCAGCACAGCAAGCGUUCCGGGACUUCUCCAAGAUGGCUCCACGAAGACGGGCACGGAUGCUGCUCGCCUUUGAUGCGCUGCUCGAGAAGCACGCCGCGGACCUCGUUGCGCUCCUGGGCGACGAGACGGGCAAGCCUACCUGGGAAGCCGAAGCCGAGGUCAACUACGCCCGCACCUACUCGUGGUGGUAUGUAGGAGAGGUGGAGCGGUCGGGUGCAGGGACCACGGUACCGUCGGCGACGGAGCCAGCCGGCGUCCAGACGUUCCUCACCAUCAAGCAGCCCAUUGGACCGGUGGCGCUGCUGCUUCCGUGGAACUUCCCCAUAGUCCUCUGCGUACGCAAGGUCGUCAGUGCGCUUGCCGCAGGGUGUACAUGCGUCAUCAAGCCGUCGCCAGAGACGGUUCUGUGCACGCUCGCCGUUGUGCGCCUUCUCGAGCGCGCCGGCUUCACAGGCGGCAUUGUCAACUGCGUCAUCGCGUCUAACGACACGACACCCGAGGUGGGCAAGAAGCUGUGCGAGGAUGCACGGAUCAAAAAGGUGUCCUUUACCGGCUCCACGUCCGUCGGGCGGCUUAUCAUGGCCCAAUGCGCGCCACGGCUCAAGAAGCUCACCCUCGAGCUCGGCGGGCUAGGCUGCCUCAUCGUCUUCAGCGAUGCCGACCUCCAGCUGGCCCUUGACGGUCUCAUUGCCAAUCGGCUGCGGCAUGCGGGACAGACGUGCGUGGCCGCCCAGCGCGUCUUUGUCCACGCCUCGGUCUUUGACGACUUUCUCGCGCUCCUCGUGCGGCAGGUACAGGAGCGCAUCGACAAACAGGCGCUCGGGCCACUCCAGACGGCGCGCGGCGCAGACAAGGCCAUACGGCACAUCGACGACGCCGUACGCCACGGAGCGACACGCAUCGACUUUCGCUCUUCUGCUCGAACGCACGCAUUCCAGGCCAGCGGCUUCUUUGUCGCGCCCGUCGUGCUGACGGGCUGCACGCGCGACAUGCUCGUCUACCAGGAGGAGUCGUUUGCGCCCCUCUUCUGCCUCUCGACCUUUGACACCGAGCAGCAGGUCCUCGCGCGCGCCAACGACGAGACAGACAUGGGCUUGUCGAGCUUCGUCUACUCGCGCGACCACGACCGGCUGUGGCGCAUGUACGAGGGCCUCAACGUCGGCAACGUCGGCUUCAACACGGCCAAUACGACGUCGGCCGAGAUUCCGUUUGGGGGGCUGAACCAGUCCGGCCAGGGUAAAGAGGGCGGCAUCGGCGCAGGCAUGGACGAGUACCUCGUCACCAAGUCAGCCACAGUCAGGAGGACGUAGCAGCAAUGUUCGCGACCAUGGGUCACAUAUUGGGAGACUCGCUGUUUCCAUGCAUCUCCUUUAGCUUCCUAGCAGAUAUCACGCCGAGCUCUGCCUAAGAAGGUGCAGGAAGUAUUGCACAAAUGCUAGUUGAAGAGGUGAUGGUAAUGGUAGCAGCAGGAGUGGCAGCAGCCCUAAAGCUUCUCAAAGCCUGUCAUAAAUCGAAUAUACCUUUCCUGCAGUUUAGCUCGCAAGAAGUUGCGCUUUUUUAGGCUAAGAUCGACUGGAUCUCAGCUUCUUUCAUGCCAAAUGCCAAAAGCCAGUCG